AUGAGUUUAGGUCUCAAUUUAUCUAUCUAUCUUAAUGUUCAUAUCUCUCUCUCUCUCAAUGUACAGAUCUACAUACCUUCAUCUUCAAUUCUUUCUAUCUAUCUCAGUCUUUUAAGAUCUAUCUGUCUCAGUCUUUUGAUAUCUAUCUAUCUCAAUCUAUCUCUCUAUCCUAAUGAUCAGAUCUAUCUAUCUAUCUAUCUAUCUACUUCAAGCGGAUCAAUCUAUCUACUACAAUUUGAUCUAUCUUGCUCAAUGAAGAAAUCUAUCUAUCUAUUUAUAUCUAUCUAUUUCAAUCUGAUCUAUCUAUCUAUAUUUCUAAAGUUUUUCUUUCUCUCAUUAUUUUUACUCUUUAUUCCGUCAUUGCUGUCAGAUUUCUUGCUUUUUCAUCCAAACUUUUUCGGAUUUUCAUUCGUUUUUUUUUUCUCUUUUAAUCGAUCUUUGCCUUCAAAUAUAAUUCAUUCUUUCUUUCUUUCUCAAACUUUUUCAUUCUUUCAUUCUUUUUAUUUUUUAUUCGGUCUUUGGUGUCACAUUUCUACCUUUUUUUCUUUGUUUCUCAUUUUUUUCUCUUUUAAUCGAUCUUUGCCUUCAAAUAUAAUUCAUUCUUUCAUUCUUUCUUUCUCAUACUUUUUCAGUCUUUCAUUCUUUUUACCUUUUAUUCGGUCUUUGGUGUCACAUUUCUACCUUUCUUUCUUUCUUUCUUUUUUCUUUCUUUCCCAUUCAAACUUUUUCACUUUUUCAUUCUUUCAUUUUUUUUAUGUGUUAUUCUGUCUUUACGUCAAAUAUAUUUUUUUUAUUUCUUUCUUUCUCAUUCAAACUUUUUCACUUUUUCAUUCUUUCAUUUUUUUACAUUUUAUUUGGUCUUUUCUGUCACACUUCUUUCUUUCUUUCUUUCUUUCUUUCUUAUUCAAAAUUUUUCGUGUUUUCAUUCACUUUUUCUUUCUUUCAUUUUUUUUACAUUUUAUUUGGUCUUUUGUGUCACACGUCUUUCUGUCUUUCUUUCUUUCUCAUUCAAAAUUUUUCAUAUUUUCAUUCUUUCAUUUUUUCUCUUUUAAUCGAAUUUUGCCUUCGAAUUUAAAUAUUUCUUUCUUUAUUUCUUUCUUUUUCGGAUUUUUUUCAUUCUUUCAUUGUUUUUUAUCCUUUAUUCUGUCUUUGCGUCAAUUUUCUUUUUUUUUUCUUACAUUCUCAUUCAAACUUUUUCGUAUUUUGAUUCGUUUUUUAUCAUUUAACUUUGCCUUCAAAUAUAAUUCUUUCUUUCUUUCUCGGACGUUUUCAUUCUUUCAUUCUUUUUAA